GGGGCGGGGCCGCGGCGCCCCCCGGUUCCCCCGGUGAAGCGCGGCGGGCGCGGCGGGCGCGGGGCGCUCCGGGCGGUGCGGGCCGGGGCCGGGGCCGGGGCCGGCCCGCCAUGUCCGUCAACAUGGAAGAGCUGCGGCACCAGGUGAUGAUCAACCAGUUCGUGCUGGCGGCGGGCUGCGCCGCCGACCAGGCCAAGCAGCUGCUGCAGGCGGCACACUGGCAGUUCGAGACAGCCCUCAGCGCCUUCUUCCAGGAGACCAACAUUCCCAGCAGCCACCACCCCCCCCAGAUGAUGUGCACCCCCAGCAACACGCCGGCCACGCCGCCCAACUUCCCGGACGCGCUGGCCAUGUUCUCCAAGCUGCGCACCUCGGAGAGCCUGCAGAGCAGCAACAGCCCCAUCACCUCCAUGGCCUGCUCCCCCCCGGGCAGCUUCAGCCCCUUCUGGGCCUCCUCGCCCCCCAGCCACCAGCCCGCCUGGCUGCCCCCCUCCUCGCCCACCACCCACGGCCUCCACCACCACCUGCACCACCCACAGCCCUCCUGGCCCCCCACCCCCCCGCCCCCUGCCCCCCCACAGAAAGCCGUGGCCACCAUGGAUGGUCAGAGAUAAGGCUGGGGCUGGCGGAGGGUUGGGGGGGCAGGGGGAGCCGGGCCGGGGCGUUGGGAGCAGGGGCUCGCCGAGAAACGCACUGGAAUAAUUUUCUAGGUUUUAUUAUUAUUUGUAAGGGGGGGGGAGCACAUGCUGCCAGGGAGGGCACUGACCCGUGAGAGCCUCUGGCUGCUCUCUACUCACCUCCCCUUUUUUUUAAAAAAUAUAUAACUAUAAUAUAUAAAUAUAUCUAAUGUAUAUAAAUCCAGAGAGAAGGUGCAGCAGCGUGGAGGCAGCUGCUGGGUGUCUGGGGGGUUUUCCCUAUGGCUCUAACCUCACCCAGCCUCUCUACAUGAGGGCAGGAGAGGGAAGGGGAGGACAGGAAUAACAAGAAUGAAUGGAUGGAGGUGGCUUUGGCACCCCAGAUCAUGGCCACACAGACAUGGAGCCAUGGACACCCUCCCCAGCUCUGGCUUCCCUGAGCAGAUGCAGCUCUCUGGCUCCCGAAAUUCAGCCCGGCUUCUUGCACAGACCCCCCCUGGACUUGCCCCCAACCCUGUCCUCCCUCCCUCAGCACCCCCAGGGCCUGGGGGUUUAUCAAAGUGAUGUCCCCCUGUCCCUGUGACUGCCCUAUGUGGCGUUUCCCCAGGCAGGGGGGAGCUGGGGGUUUUUUAGUUUUCAAAUCAAUGUUGCUUAAAAAAAACAAACAGAAAAACAAACAAAAAAAAAAAAAAAAAAAAGAAAAAAAGACCCAGCAAAAAACAGGUUGAAGGUUUUUUAUUAAUUUAAAAAAUAAUAAAAAUUAAAAAAAAAAUCACUUUUUUAACACCA